AUGACACCAGCUCCUCAAUGGGUCAAGGACCUCAAGCCAUCCGGUCCCCAAGGAUCGGAGUUGCUCAGUGCUGAGCGUGCAAAGUCCAACAUCUCGGUCGAGAAGCUCUCCAAUCUCCUCCACACAAAGGAGAUCCUCGAGCGACAAGACCGGCUGUUGAAAAUCCUCCAAGCCGACAAGGUCUUCGAUAAAUCGCAAAACUACUUUGAUGGCCGGGUCGAUAAGUUCAAGACUGCUCUUGCCAGGGCGAAGCGGUUGAGGCAGUUGCAGAUCAAGCAUAACUGGAGCCACGAUGAAUAUGUAGCUGCAAAUGACUUGGUCAGCGAGCCUGGACCAUACGGCUUGCAUGCAUCCAUGUAUCUGACCACCCUCCGCGACCAGGGCACACCUGAACAACACAAGCUCUUCCUCGAACCAGCCGAGAACUACAAAGCAAUUGGAUGUUAUGCCCAAACCGAACUAGGGCACGGCUCUAAUGUGCGGGGUUUGGAGACGACUGCUACAUGGAACCCAGAAGACAAGACCUUUGUCCUCCACUCGCCACAUCUCACCGCGUCAAAAUGGUGGAUUGGUAGUAUGGGGCGGACUGCCAACCAUGCUGUCGUGAUGGCACAACUGAUUAUAAACGGGAGACCCUACGGCCCACACCCUUUCGUUUGUCAAAUCAGGGAUAUGAAGACUCAUCUGCCAUUGGAUGGAAUCCACGUUGGCGACAUUGGUCCGAAAUUCGGCUACAACACUAUGGACAAUGGCUUUCUACUAUUGAACAAGGUCAAGAUCCCCCACGUCAAUAUGUUGGCGCGCUUUUCAAGCGUGGAUCCCGCAACCGGAAAAUACCUGAAGCCAUCCUCUCCCUCCCUGAUUUAUGGGACUCUCACUUGGGUCCGGUCAACCAUUGUCCUCCAAUCAGGUGGCGUUCUUGCACGUGGCGUUACUAUCGCAACAAGAUAUGCCGCUGUAAGACGCCAGUUCCAGGACCGCGAUGCUCCCGCGGGAUCUAAGGGGGAAGACCAGGUCCUAAAUUACACCAUGGUGCAGUAUCGACUACUUCCUUUACUAGCCGCAACGUUUGCUUUGCAUUUUACUGGAAAGGCGAUGAUGGCUCUGUAUCAAGAUAACCAGAAGAUGAUCAUGGCUGCGGCGAAUCCUGCGGAUUCAAAGAGAGGGGCUGGUCCUGAACAGACACACUCGGGUAGUGAUUUGCUUGCCGACUUGCAUGCUACAUCUUGUGGUCUCAAGGCGCUUGGUAGUACUACUGCAGCCGAGGGAUUGGAGGUAUGCCGCAGAGCGUGCGGUGGCCAUGGUUACAGCAGCUUCGGAGGGAUUGGCGCUUGGUAUGCUGAUUACCUACCCACUACGACGUGGGAGGGAGACAAUUAUAUGCUUACUCAACAGGUCGCUCGAUAUCUCUUAAAAUCUGCACGUUCCGUUCUCAAAGGGAAUGCUCCAGACAACGAUACGACUAGAAUCUUCAACACAUUUCUCCAAAAGCAAGAUAUGGGAGCCGCCCACGAUGUUCUUGGCUCAGAUACCGAUUUGGUAGCUGCUUUUGCCUGGCGAACGUCUUUCCUCACCUUCGAGGCACUCAAGCACCGCGACGUUGAGAAGAACUCCUGGAACUCACUGCUCGUCGACUUCUGGCGUCUCAGCACAGCUCACUCCCAAUAUCUCGUAGUCAAGAACUUCCACGACGCUCUUCAGAGCGAGAGCCUUCGCUCGGAAGUCGACCCCGAGACCCUUGAUGUCCUGCACAAGCUCUUCCGCCUCCACGCCCUAAAUACGCUCGAGAAGGAGGCAUCUGAGUUCUAUUCAUCUGCCGCUGUCACCGUGCGCCAGAUCCAGCUCGCAAGGACCAAGGCGGUCAUGAAGCUGCUCGAGGAGGUCAGACCACAUGCCUUGAGACUUGUAGACGCGUGGAGUUUCCCCGACUGGCAAUUGGAUUCCUCGCUGGGACGCAAGGAUGGGAAGGUGUAUGAGGAUUUGUUCCACCGAGCAAGCGAGCUUAAUCCCCUGAACGGGUUGACUAUUGACCCGUACCCGGAUAACGAUGUGCUGGUCAAGAACGACGAGACGGCCAAGUUCAAGAGCAAAUUGUGA